AUGAAUCAAUCUAUAACAACAACGCCUAUACUCUUACAUCAACUUAUCAUUGCGGUCAACUCAAACUAUACACUAUUCAUCUCAGCCCAGGCUGCUGUCCUGAAUGAAAGAUUCUCAGAGGCCGAGUCCCAAUGCAAUCAAUUCUGUAUCUCAGCACAGGACGAGCUCCGGCAUAGCUUUACGUUAGAUGACUCCGAUGUUUCAACUGAUGAAACCAAGGGUGCGCAAUGGAGCUUUGUUGCUCCAAACAAAGACGUGGAAGAUGAGACCUAG